AUGGAAGUAAAAUCAAUCCAAAGACAUCGCGAAAGAAGUUCAGAAGAUAAGCAAGAAAGAAAAUCUAACUUUGUUAGGAAAGUCUCAAAUGGCAUUUCUGUAUGCAAAAAAGCAUUUAUAAGUCUUCAUGCCAUAUCGCAUUGGCAAGUUCAACGUCUGAAUACUCUGCUUUUGGCUGCCAAAUGUCCAAGGGACUUGAGAGGCAAGCAUAAUAACCGACCUCGCACCAUAUGCGAUGAAUGGACUCAGAAAAUUAAAGAGCACAUUGAGGCAUUCCCAGUUGUUUUAGCGGCAAUUAUAGCAUUGUUAUCAUUGAUAGACAAUUUUCAAAGACAAUGGGACGUCGUAAGUGCAUUCUUUGUGCAGUUAGCAGUGAAAAAACUGAGGCAACCUUCCACAGAUGGUUUACACUCCCAUACCUUUAAGAUACUGAAAGAACACAAACAAAGUCCACCUCUGCCCAAUGAUAGGGCAUAUAAAGAACCUAUCCCCAUCAACGAAAAGAAGAUCUUGGACAUCAAAAAAGUCAUGUGUCAUACUUUAGAGUUCUAUUACCAUAUAACAUCAUGGAAAACAACAAAUAUGGAAAACGAUGAUUAA